AUGUUUCAGGGACCCGAGACCGACUCGGCGAAACCCAGCUCGAGGUAAAUGUGCUCGUUCCUCUGAGGAAGGGCGGCCUUCGCUUCGUGGGGGGAGGGGGAGGGGAGGAGACGCCGGACGCCGGGGUCCCUCGCUCCGUUUCCCGCCCUUGUGGCUGAGAGGAGGCUUCUCAGGGGCGGAAGCUGGUGACUUGGCGGAGCCACCUCGCUGCAAACGAGGAGGAAAAAAGAGAACGCCGUUUUUUAAGGGCAUGUUGUGGGUUGUUAAAGCAGACCGCGGCGGACGCUUUCGAUUCGAAUUAAAGCCGUGCGUUUCCAGUUCGGCCUCGCUGCGCUUUGAGAGUGGGGGUGGGGGUGUGGCAAUAUGCCGGUUCAGGUAGGAGGCCUUGUGGUGCCGUCGGAAACCGGAUUUCUUACCUAUCGCUGAGGCGGCAAUCUUUUGCAGGCAUACAUGGGAGUAACCCUGAUGAAAUCGCCGGGCUUGCUUCUGAGUAAAUGACUUCUGUAAGGGGUGUGGCGGAGGUUUGGGGUUUUUUUCGUUUUGUUUUAAAGAGAACAAAAGCUUUUAUGGUGCCCGCCCUUUUCACUAGCCUGCUCAAGCAAAAUAAAGGAGGGUAAUACUUAUAUUUCUGGGUGGUGUUUUAUUUUAAAAAAUGUCUUGCCUGUCUCUUUCCCCCCAGCAGAAAAACUUAAGGUGACUGACGAAAGUUUUAAAUACGGAAUCUGAAUGCAUCAAAUCAAGGCAACAAUGCUGAUCCACAUUGUUUGGCAGUCAUAAGGAUUCUAGUGAUAAUGUAUGGUGCUGUUUCUGAACUCCCCUCUGAAAUGCUAUUCAGUAUACGUAGAUGAAAACUUAAUGCGUUUGCACCCAAAAUGCUGUAUUAAACAUCCCAAGGCCUGUCUGAGGAAGAAAGUAUAGCACAGAUGCCUGGAAUUAGCUUUGUUGUGGUUGCAACUGGAGUAGUAUUCGUGAUAAGGUAUCCUGCCUUUCUUCUGCUUCCUCUGGCCAUGCCCGUGUGUAGGUAGAAUGAGUUGGUUUUGAUUUUGCCUAUUCUUGGAGGCUAUAAAUGGAUUAGUCCUUGUCUGGAGCAUGUAUUGCAUAUAAAUGAAAUUGAUUCAGGUUACCGGGAGAGAAGAAACCAACUGCACUGAGUUAGACCUCUUACUGCUUCCACUGGAUCUCAUUUUUACCUGUGUCUAGUAUAGUAAUCACUUGGAUUGCUUUGAAUGCUGAACUCACUUUGUGAAUUAACCACCCCAUGUGUGUGUGUGUGAGAGAGAGAGUGAUAUGCUCAUUUGACAAUUCAUUUAUAUGUCACAUUUAUUGUGCAAGAAUCACAUAGCUUUUAUUAGUAGGUCCCUAUAAUUUCUGACUGUCCUCGCCUAAGAGACUUGGGAGUUGCUGAAACCUGGCUGCUGAUAGGCUUCUAUUCAGUUCAUGCAAAAUGUUUUCCUAAGAGAAGAUAGUUUGCCACAUAACUCAGUAUAUGAUGCAAUAUGGCCUAGAUGAUGCCAGAUGUACUGACUGCCCUACCCAGGUCUUCCAAAUAAAUACUAACUCUCUACUAGACCACACUGCGUCUUCUCUGAACUUUGUUUGCUGUGUCUGUCCAUGUGCAUUGCUUUGUAUGCAGAACACUUUGGUCCCUAUAAGCUGGAAGUGUCUUGGGACUCGAACACUGGUUUCUAUAAUGGCAGUGAAACUAUUGUAGCAGAGAUUGUAUUACAUGCUAAGGUAACCUUCCCCAGGAAUCUAGUCAAGAGUUGUAGUCUAAAACAUCUGGUGGGUGCCAGUUAAGGGAAGGCUGCUGUAGGGUGUGCAUUCAAUUAGUGGCUCCAGUGUCCAACCCCAAGUACCACCAAAUCUAUUCAUAUCAGUAGCUAUGCUAGAAGGUACAGAGUUGUGUGUAUGGAAGAAGUAAUGCCUUUAGGUAUAUGAUUUGUUGGCAUUUUGUGUGUGUGUGUGUGUGUGUGUGUGUGUGUGAUAGAGAGAGAGGGAGAUGGGCUAGUCUCCUACUUCACAAUUACUUAAUCUCAAAGUGGUCCUGAUUGAUUGCUGACCUAAACUUCAAUGCAGCUGCUUAAUCUCCAAAAUAAACAUUGAAUAUUUUAAUUGUACAUGGAUUGGCGAUUAGAAUUGUAAGUACCUAUAUAUUUCUACUAUUGCCAUGAUAUGUAACUUCAUGGAGGUGGAUCAGUCUGUUGAGAUUUAAAUAACAGACUCAUUAGCACUCCUCCUCCUCCUUUUGGAGCCCUUUGGGGUUUAAUAAUUCAUGCCACCCAGUGUUUCAGAAUAGAUUUUUGCUGUAGGAGGUGGCUGCUGUGCUUAAAGGGCACCAGACCGCACUGUCUGGUAUGAUUUUUUUCAGGAAGGCUCAGUUGUGACACCAGGCUCUGUUUUCCAGAAGCCAAAACUCACUUCGAAGUCAACAUCUUGCUGCAUUCCUCUGCCUUUAGAGAGUUUUGCUUCUUACCAGAGACAUAAAAUAUUAAUUCUAAACCUGCCUAUUAAUCUCUGCUUCAACCAACCUAGAGUUCUUGACUUUUCUCAUGAAGAAAUAACCUUGGAGAAAACCUGGAUUCUGUAUCUCCUCUCCUCUCCUCCAUCCCCAUAACUUAGACCAGCAUAUGUAGACAGACUUUGAUAACAAUGGAUUACUUAAAUCAAAUCUUGCCACCUGAACACACACUAGUUAGAAAGUAGUGUAUCAUUUGAGUGACAUCAUUAUUUUGGAUAUCAAUGAUUAAUUUUUAAAAAAAUUGCCUAGAUGUCCUUUUGCACAAGGUGACUCAUCAUAAUGUAACAUAUGCAUACUGAAUUGGUGUCAGGAAGAAUUUUGAAAUUUAGUGGAUUUUUUACAUUAUCAGAAUGCUCAAGGAACUUACUCUUGGUGUUUGCAAUACUGUGAGGACAUCAUGCUUCUUGAAAGCACAAGGGAUUGGGAUUGAAUUUUCUGACUCAGAGCUCAGCCCUGGAAUACAUGAGGUAAGAGAUUUAAGAAGAGCCUGCUCUCCUCUCCUGUGGGUUUCCAGCAACGGGUAUUCAAAAGUGUUGCUGCCUCCAAGUGUAGAGGCAGAGCAUAGCCAUUAUGGCAACUAGUCCUUGAUAGCCCUCACCUCCAUGAAUUUCUCCAAUCCUUCAAAGCUAUCUAGGUUGAUGGCCAUCACUGCCUCCUGUGGGAGCAAUGGCCGUAGUUUAACAGUUGUGAAUCUUCCAACAUUAAGCUUCAUUAGAUGUCCAUGAGAAAACCUUGUCUCUAUUCACUUUCUCCAUGCCGUGCAUAAUUUUAUAAAAUUUUAUUGUAUUACCUCUUACCGUAUUUUUCCAUGUAUAAGACUAUAUUUUUUCCUAAAUUUUUUAAGUUUAAAAUAAGAGGUCGUCUUAUACACGGAUAAUGCAUUUUCUUAAUUUUGAGUCCCAAAAAAUAGGGGGUGUCUUAUAAAUGGAGAAAUAUGGCACUUGCCUUUUUUCUGAACUAAAAAUUCCUUGGAUCAUUUUGGUUGCUGUUUUCUGAACCAUUUUGAGGUGAGGUGACCAGAACUGUGCACAGUAUUCCAAAUGCAAUCACACCAUAGAUUUGUGUAAGGGCAUUAUGAUUUUGGUAGCUUAUUUAAAAUUGCUUUCCUAAUACUCUCUAGCAUAAAAUUCACCUUUUUCACUGCUGCUGUUCACUGGGUUGACAUUUUCAUUGAACUAUCUAUUACAACCCCAAUAUCUCAUUUUGGGCCCAUUACUGCCAGUUCAGACCACAUGCAUGUAUAUGUGUAAAUAAGACCCCCCCCCCAACAUGCACCACUUUAAUCUAGUUUACCCAGAAUUGCAUUUGCCAUUUUACUGCCCAUUCAGUCAGUUUGGAAAAGUUCUUUUGGAGCUCUUCAUAAUCUGUCUUUCUUUCAUUGGCCCUGAAUGAUUUAGUAUACACUUGGCCACCUCACUUCUCACUAUCAACUCUACGUUGUUUAUGAACAUGUUAAAAAGCACAGGUUGCAAUACCAAUCCUUGGGGGACUCCACUUUCUACAUCUUUGCUUCGUCCAAUUUAAAAAAAUUGUAGUCCAUAAGAGGAUCCCUCCCCUUAUUCCUUGAUGGCUAAGCUUCCUGAGGAGACCUUAGUGAGGUACUGGUUCAGGCACUGGGAUCUACCCUAUUUCUUCCAUUGUCAAGACACAGGCAAAUAAUUCAUUCAACUUCUCCAUAUCCUCCUUUCACAUUCCUUUUACCACCUUGUCAUCCAAUGUUCGAACUGUCUUCCUAGAUGGUUUCCUGAUACCAGUUUAUUUAAAGAACUCCUUGUUGGUCUUAAUAUUUUUAGCAGUAUGCUCCUCAGAAUUUUUUUUUUAAAGCAUUCCUUACUUGCACUUUUUUGCUUAAGUUUUUGUUCCUUUUUGUUCUCUUCAGAAUUGUGUAUGCAGUAGUAUUUCCAGCUAAAGAGGAACAGUCUGCCACUACCUUCAUAGGAUAUGGCAAAGAAGAAGAAAUGGGUUCUAUAUGCAGUACAAUAAUCACAUCAAUAAAACUUCAAAUUAAAAAAAAAUCACUAAAAUUGGCAGUCAUUAAAGAGCAGCAGAGUUCUGUAUUAAAAGUCUAUUUAAAAUGGAAAUAUUUCAGCCUGGGAGACAGUAUGAGACCUUGUCUCCCCAUAGAAUGUUGGAUGGAACAGAAGUCUCCCAGCAUCACCUUCUGGGACUGAUCUUCCAAGAAUGUAAGGAGCCACUGUAAAACAAUAUGCCAGUCUUCCCAGCUUCCUCAACAGGAUAGUGUUUCAUCACCAAGGUGACUAAGGCACUUUCUGUUCCAAGGAAAAAACCUUGUACAGAGUGAUAUUUCCUAAUAGUUACCUGGAUCUAAACCUUACUACUUCAGGAGGGAAUUCAUCGCAGCCUCUUUCCAGGACUGUAGGAACCACCCCCUUUCCUCAAGCAAUUUGGGAUUUGUGUGUCAACUAGUGUCAAACAGCCUAUAUUGCUGAAAGGACUUGUGGUGCUCAUCGUAUGAUGCUUUCUUUCUGAAUUUGUUUCUGCUUCUUGAAAAUAUUCAUGCAGAAUUUGCAAUGAAAACCCUCUCUGUUGCGUAUACAAUGUGUAUCUUCAGUCAGGCACACUCAUGUUACUGUUGCAAUGCUUGGAACUGUGGUGUUGGAACAGUGCCUAAAUGUGUAGUUCACUGAUCUCAGAUAUGAUACUGAUGCUUUUAAUCAGACAGCCUUUUGUGGUCCAAAAUGCAAUCUUCAAGUAUUUCUUUUCAUUUAUUUUGUUUCUGCAUUUAUAUCCAACGUUUCCUCCAGGGAGGUUAGGGGACGUAUUUGGCUCUCCCUCUCCCUAUUUUAUUCUUUCAACCAGCCUCUGAGGCUGAGAGAUGGUGAUUGACCCAAGGUCCCCUUUGUGAACUCAAAUCCUAGUGAGGAUUUGAACCCUGAGUGAUGUCCUAGUCCAACACUCUAAACCAGCCUUCACCAACAAAGCCAUUUGCUAGCUGGAGCUGAUGGGGAUUGUUGAAACCAAAGCUAAAUUAUUGGCACGAGACUGCCAAGCACUGCAUUGCCAGUUGAGAAAGUUUGAAUUUAAAUUGCAUGGGUGAUUCUGUUAUCUCCUUUUGAUGAAAAGAGAGGUGAUGUCCACUGCAGACUUGUUUGCAUUGUGGCAUGUUGAAAGAAAGCAGCAGUAACUUAGAAGCAGAAUGAUACAGUGGAACCUCGGGUUGCGGACAUAAUCCGUGACAGAGGCACAUCUGCAACCCGCAGCGUUCGUAACCUGCAGUGCCGCGUCUGCACACGCGCAUGACGUGAUUUGGUGCUUCUGCGCAUGCAGCAAAACCUGGAAGUAACCCUUUCCGGUACUUCCAGGUUUCUCACGGUCCGCAACCUGAAAACACGUAACCCGAAGCGUUUGUAAACCGAGGUACCACUGUAUUCUUAGUUUAUUCCUCCCCACCCCCACCCAACCCUUUAUUCAGGCACUCCGAUUGCACAGGAAAUUCUCUUCCAUGACUUUUGGAGAGCAAAGGUUUUAUGGUAUGGAAUGCCGUAUAGCUGUAUCUCAAAAUCUGAACACAUUCUUGUCUCCUUCCUGGCAAAUGAUACAAGAAACAUCUUUUCCCCCACCUUCUUCCUUGAAUUAGUCUAUCAACUUCCAUUGUAUUGUGAAAUUGCUUCAAGAGUGCAAAUGUUUGCAUAGAUAUUGACUAUUUGUAUAGAACCAGCUUGAUACUUAAGUCAGCAAUAUAGGGUCAAAACUUGUAGUUUUUGUUGUGCAUGUAUUGUACUGAGUGGCUGUCCUAGCUACCUCUUAUCUGGUCAUUUACAAUGCAUUCUUUAAUGUCAUUUGCAUUCCGUUCCCUGUAAACCUUGGCCUUGUUCUGGAAUGUUUCUUUCCACAGAAAGCUGAAUAACAGAUUGCAACAGUCUUAACAAUAUGUGUAUAUGCUGCUGUGCUAGUCACGUAACACCACCAGGCAAUAGAAGUACUGGUGCUGGACUAGUGUAAAUUAAGAUUGCCUAUUUCUUGAGAUGCCCUUAUUUUGGCUGGUGAGAUCUGGGGUUUAUUUGUUUUUUUGGUCUCUGUCAGAUUCAGAUUUUGAACUCCAUAUCUCUUAGCAACUUUUGAGAAAUCUAAGCCAAUACAAAACCCUAAUCUGUUAUAACUGUUCCUUUUCCCAAAUGCAGCAGUCAAAUAUCUCAUAUUUUGAUUAAAAAUGCUUGUGGAUGGAGAUAAUAAUAAUCCAGUAAACUAAUAACAAAAAUACACUUCAUAUACAUCUUGGCAUACUGCUGUGAAGUAGACCUCAAAAUGGAAAGAAUUUUAAUAAGCAUAUAAAAGGGUGUGGACAAGUUUGUAAGGAGCAAAUGCAUUCACUCUUGUUCAUUUUCAAUUUGGGUGUGGUAAUGACCUCACCCAACAAUGGGAAAAUAUCCAUCAAGAAGCAUCAAGCCAAACUGCUUAUUGGUGCCUGAUAUGCUUUGCACAGACCUAGUUUGGGGAUUUCCUCCCCUUUUCUUGUCGAGAAGUAUGUACAGUUAUAAAUUAUUUGCCCUCUUUAAACUUAUCCUGACCAUCAUAUUCUUUAUGCAUUUAAGCUAGGGGUAGGCAACCUAAGGCCCAUGGGCCACAAGCGACCCAUGGGGGUUGUUUAACCAGCCCACGAGCCGCCCCCAAACCUGCUCAGUGAGUCCCCGCGUGCUGUGCUAAACCAGUGCAGCGCGAUGUAGGGACUCGCUUCCGUGGCGCCAGAAAUUGCGUCUGUGCAGGUGCCGGAAAUUGUGUAUGCUCAGGCGCUGAAAAUUGUGCAGACGCUCACAAUCCAACCCACGGAGGGAUCUCUGCUGGAGUGAACCGGCCCAGGUGAGGUAAACCUUGCGGACCCCUAAUUUAAGCAAAGCAUUUAAGCAAAGGUUAACUUUGUAGAGAUGAAGUUAAUAGCAUGUGUAGGCUGAUGGUAUGCAACAUUUGAACCAUUAAGGUUCCUGCUUCCUACUAACAGAGAGUUACAGUGGUACCUCAGGUUAAGUACUUAUUCGUUCUGGAGGUCCGUACUUAACCUGAAACUGUUCUUAACCUGAAGCACCACUUCAGCUAAUGGGGCCUCCUGCUGCUGCCGUGCCGCUGGAGCCCGAUUUCUGUUCUCAUCCUGAAGCAAAGUUCUUCACCUGAAGUACUAUUUCUGGGUUAGUGGAGUCUGUAACCUGAAGCGUAUGUAACCUUCCCCUCUCUCAUAACCUUUAGAUAAAUCUCUCCAUAGACUUGUCUGGUUGCACAUUGCCUGUUUUCACUUAUAUAAUUCAGACUGGACACGAUCUGUGCUCGUGGCUGACUAUCAUUUAUUUUCUGUAAACAGGGUCCUGCAACCUCCUGGAGGAAGCUCCAGCAAUCUCUUUGGAAGCCCAGAAGAAGUCAACUCCUCUUUCAGGCCACACAGAAUGACAUCUAACAUAUUUGGAGGAGCUGAAGAAACUCCGAACGUUUCAAAGAGAACAAACCCUCCAGGUGAGAGUCAUCUUCCUGAGGAACUCUAUGUAAGGGAGUGGCAGGUUUUGCUUUGCCUGCAAAUACAUAACCUAUACUUUGUCUUUCUCUAUUCUAGCAGAGUUUUACCAUAUUGUAUCGCCGUUGAAAGCCUCUGUAUGUUUCAGACUAUCCUUGUUAAUCAAAGAGGUGCUUACGUUGUGUUCAGCCAAUAUUUUGCAUGCAAGAGAUGAAUUGCACUGCUUUGCUAACUGAUGUAAUUCAGCCUGACAAACAGAUGUUUUAUCAGUUUGCACAAUCUUGCCGUAUAGAUUUCAUCUUACAAAUGUAGAUUGCAAGUGUGUGCUUUGGCAGAGGGGGACCAAACCAGUAAUUCAACCCUGGAAAGGCUGCAUAAUAAAACUUGAUGAAAAUGAUCAUUUAAAUACGGUGGCAACAGAUUGCAGUGCAUACCACCCUCUCCCAAAUACCACUGUUGUGCCGAGGAUGUGGUAAGAUAUGGUGUUUGAUCUCAUACCACCUAGGCUAGCUGAUAUUAAAAGCGCAGGUUUAUAAUUGAUAUUAGACUUCUAAACGUUGAGGUGUGUGGGAUGUAGGACUCAAGCUUUCUGUUUAUGGUAGUAACAUAUCAUCUUUCAGCUGUGGUAUUUAGACAGUGCUGCAUUAAAUGGUGGCUUAGGCAGAAGCAGUUCUUGGCACUCUCCCAGUGAACAAAGAGGUUACUUUUUAAUAAAUUGUAUAAAGCAAUUUGAACAAUGGGCUUCAGUUUUGGAGCAUGAAGGUGAGUCAAAAUAUUUCUAGAAGCUUGUCCAUGCAUGUUCAUUUCCAUACUGCUGGCGUCUGCAUCCACUUCCAAACAUUGUUGCAGCAUAUAGCUGUUCUUAUUGCAGUAUUGUGUGACAUUGGAAAUCAAGUGGAAUAAACGUUCCUGGAAUGAUCCCAUGCAUAACAACUGCUACAGUCAGUGCUAGCUGGGCAGCUUGUCUAGCAGUGGAACCUUUUACACAUUAGACAUCUUCAAAAUAGUUUUGGUUGAUUCCCAGCCUAUUAGGUUAAAAGUCAGCGCACAUUGCACAGGGAAACUAAAUUGAGUCCAUUGAAAAUACAAACAAUGCUGAUAAUGGACUCCUGGAGCUUAUCAUGAGCUACUUGUAAGAAUCUGAAGGAGAAGUUCUUAGUAACUUCCACUAGUACUGCUGUCUUGCAGGUGGGAAGGACAGUGGAAUAUUUGAGGACCAUAAACCUAAUCCUUCUCGUCAUCUUACAAAUCCACCUGGUGGAAAAACAAGCAAUAUUUUUGGGUCUCCACAGCCUGUCGACAUUGUCAAAGCUCACCCAAACAAACCCAAGGUAACUGUAUUGUAGAUUUUGCCCUUUUCCUUUUUUCUUUUUAAUAAAGCCACAGGAGAACUCAGAUCAGAUCAUAGGAAGAACGAUCUGUGUAAAUGAAGCAGCCAUGCAUUCAUUUGUAUCAUUGAGGUUGCUGAAUCUCGGGGCCCCUGGGUAUGGAAUUGAAAAGCUUUUGAUUCAUUGCAUUCAUUACUGAUCAUGCUGACCCAGUCUUCUGUCCACUGCAAAGUGUUGAAUUAGAUUGCACAUCUAUCUAGAAGAAAUGUUGGCCACUGUGAGAUCAGGAUGCUGGACUAGAUGGGCCAGUGGCCUGCUCCAGCAGUCUCUUAAGUUCUUAUAAUAAGCAGAAUCCCUUCUGCCUCAUGUGUGGAAGACAACCCUGCAGAAAUGCAAGCUAUGUGCUAGACAUUCUGCCCUUAAAAAAAGAGAAUGGUAGCAGAAAUUGCUUGCCUUUUUUGCUUGAAGGAAGACUAAGCAAACCUAGAGUUGCUUUUUUUAAAGGGGCAAUACAUUCCCAAAGAACUUGGUUUUUUUAAAAGUGUUUUUCCCCUUACAGGAUCAUGCUGUUAUCCUGAAUGACAGAGGGGAUGUGCCACAAGAACUAAAACCAAAAGGUAAGUGGGACAAGUUUUCUGGGAAGCAGAGGAUUUCUAAAGCGUGGAUUGUCUUUUAAAACCAGUAUGAAAUCAAAACAGAAUGAAAAGCUAAGAGCAGAAUGAAAAACAUUUUCAUACAUAUAAAAGUCAGGUGUAACACAGCCGAUCCACUGAAAGUCGCCAAAAAUAUCUAAAACUCUCCAGACUAAGGGACAAAAGCCAGGGUAUAAAGAAAUAUUCUUAUCUGGUGCCUGAAAGUAAAUAGUGAUAGUGUCAGGCUGUAGGUCACUUUGGGGCACUCUGUGUGUCAAAAGUAACAAAUAAUAAUAGUGUGUGCAAGCAAGACUUCUGUGGCUGAUCUUGAGGCCCCAGAAAGCUCGUAAUUGUAGGCAUUCCGUCAACUGCAGAUGCCUAAUGCAGCUUGUGGGUGGCUAUAGGGAGAUAGAAUCUAGACAAACAUCGAGGACUUAACCUACCUCUUCAGUAUAUGUGGGAUGAACAAAAUUCCUGGGAAGCUUGUUAAAAUGAGAUUUAUCAGAAUCCACAAAAAACACUUUUAGGUUGAAGAGGGUUUUUUUAUUUUCCAAAGAAACCAAUCUUUGGUAUGUUAACUUCCUAAUGGAAAAAUGACUUGGUCAGCUGCUGGCUCUGUCAGCAGCUCCUUAGAUGCUAGUUACCCACAGUUACAACAUUCAGUGUCAUAAGUAGAAAAGCAAGAAGCUCUUUGGAAUGAACUAAGAGUCCUUUAAAUGCUUCAGCAAAAUAGUCAAAGAUUCUUCAGAAAUCUUCAGCUUUACAACAGCUUGAAUUUGAGCUGAAAUAUUACUGAGAAUUUUUUAUUUCUGUCACAAGAAAUUGAAUAUGAAAAUGCACCUCUGACUGCAAUUUUUUAAUAUAUGGAUGUAAGAGUGAAAUGGAUUUGAAUCAUAGAAUCAUAGAGUUGGAAGUGACCACAAGGGCCAUCGAGUCCAAUCCCCUGCCAAGCAGGAAACACCAUCAGAGCACUCCUGACAUAUGGUUGUCAAGCCUCUGCUUAAAGACCUCCAAAGAAGGAGACGCCACCACACUCCUUGGCAGCAAAUUCCACUGUCGAACAGCUCUUACUGUCAGGAAGUUCUUCCUAAUGUUUAGGUGGAAUCUUCUUUCUUGUAGUUUGUAUCCAUUGCUCCGUGUCCGCUUCUCUGGAGCAGCAGAAAACAACCUUUCUCCCUCCUCUAUGUGACAUCCUUUUAUAUAUUUGAACAUGGCUAUCAUAUCACCCCUUAACCUCCUCUUCUCCAGGCUAAACAUCAAAACCCAUUUGAAGUGGGUUUGCUUGGCUUAUUUUGUGUGUGUGUACAGUACAACCUCAACUACCACUGUCCCUACUUGCGAGCAAUCCAACUCGUAACCGCAGCAAACCCGGAAGUAAAUACUGGGUUUGCUGCAAUUCGUGCACAUGCAGAAGCAGCUGCCGCUGUCUGCACAUGCGCAGAACGGCACUGUCGCUGAAUGCACACACACAGAACGGCACUUCUCCCAGCGACCCGGAUCCACUCACGAAUGGACCUUUAGAACGGAUUCCGUACGUGAGUAGAGAUUCCACUGUACCUGUAAAGAGUUACAAUUUGAAGAGAUCCCUGCAUCUGAAUUCCCUUUAAAAAACCCCUAUAUCUUCUAAAUUUUAUAAAAAGCAUUCAGUGCAUCUUCUAAAAGUACAGAAUAGAUUCUCCACAAUUCAGUCUUCCUAUAACUAUAUGAGAAUAUUCUGGAAUGGGUUGCUAUUCUGCUGGAUGCCAGAGCUAAGCCUGAGACAAAUAAUAUGUAUCUGAUCUGAGCUAUCUACCAGUGUGUAUUACCAUCUCCUAAGCUAGUUGUCUGAGAUUACUUCUACUUACUUGCUGAUUAUUAUACAGUCGGUAGCACUAACCUUGUGCUAAGUCAUUCCCUCUGCCAUGAAUUCAUGGCUUAAGCUAUACUUUCUCUUGGAUAUGGCUUACCACUAAGAAGUAGAUGAGCAUAGUUCUUGAUGAGCUGCACAGGGCUCGGGGACCACUCUGUAGGUGACAGAUUGUUCACCUGUUGUUUCUAUAGGCUUUCCAGGAUGGAUGAGUCAAGGGCGGUAUCCAAUUUUUAUUUGAAGAGCUGUUUUUUUCCUGGGGGUUUGUUUGUUUGUUAUAUUCAAUGUUUGACACAGCUAUUAUUAUUCCAGAUCAAUAAACCUAAAUGAAAAGACUUGUGGAGAGAGGAAUAUAAGCCACAAGUAUUUAGUGUGUGCCUAUCUGCAGUUGUGACUGUAUCUGUUCCUUAAAGGCCUGGGAAUGGUCUGCACACACUUUCAUAAUACUUUCUUCGUGUCCCCAUUAUAGUGGCCUGCUUGGUGGGCUGAUUAAAUACGUUUUUAAAGGAGUGUGUGUGCGUGCAUGUGUUCAGUACUGGGUGCCCUUCCAUGCUCCUUGUAAAGCUUUUUUAGCAAAGUAUUCUUGGGGAGCAGCAUUUCACAAUGCUUCCGCAGCAUACAUGACAUAACUAUCACCUUGUUAACAUGGAAAUGAAGUGCUAACUGGGGGCUGAACAAAGUGCAGCUGGGUAAAAUACAUGUAAUGCAAGCUAUAAUUGUCACAAGACUGGGUGAAUAUUCUGGCAUGGCCACCUGACAACAUAUCUUAAUUUACAAUUACAGAAGACCAAAGACCACAGGUGGAAGAUACAAGUGAAAAGAGAGAGCCACAGAAGAAGGAGAGCACCAAAGAGCCUGGACCCAAAAUGGAUGAUCAUGAGCCCAGGCUGGGGCCACGGCCACGAUCACACAACAAAGUCCUCAACCCUCCUGGGGGCAAAUCCAGCAUUGCCUUCUAUUAA